AUGGCGCAAUACCUUGACGAUCUAUUCGAAUUGAUUCAUCAUCCAACAAAGCAGGUGGCCCUCAAAGCAUUUGACAUAAUGUUGAAGAUGAAUGAAGAUCAACUAAGGAGUGGACUUCUUGCUGAUAAUGCAAAAAAGGCAAAGGAGUUCUUCACUUACUUUUCCAAGUUGGAUAUUGUCACUGAGAGUGUGCUGGAUGUUCUAACCGAGGCUACUGGAACUCCAGAAUUGGCAAAGUUGGCUGUAAAUGAAGAUAAAUUGGUGAGGAAAGUGUUGGCCCUAGCCAGGCAUGGAGAGACCAAGGAAUUCGUCUUACCGAUGACACAGAUAAGCAGGAAUGCACCCAAUGAAUUUCAUCAGAAGUUAUAUUCAUUGGUGGGGAACUACAAUAACCUUUUACACGGUAAUUUGUUAGUCAUGUUUAUAUUAUUUUAUGUUUUAGAUACAUUCCAUAAAUGCGAAGGUGGAAAGAACAACCCCAUUGUCCUGUUGAAUGUCGCAUAUGUAUUUAUGAACGUUACGCAGAGCAAGGAAGCUUGUUUGGAGUUGUUUGGCGAUACCAUUAAUGCUCUGACCUCUUACAUCAGCAAAAAAGAUGUUGCUUUAGGUUUCAAAAGAGUCGUGGCGAGUAUAAUUUUGAACAUCUCAUGUCAUGUUGGUAUGUUCGUUGUGACAAAACAUAUGCUUCGUAUUAGAAACGCAUCCUCUGUUUUUGGAUGAUCCCCAUGUGUUAUGCGAUAUACUUGAUCCGUUUGCUGAUGAAGACUAUGAGAUCGAUGACGAAGAGAUGGACAAGUUACCAUUGAAUUUACAGUAUGUUGAUCACAAAAGAUCCAAUUCGACGGAACUUUUGGAUACACUGAUUGAGAUUCUUGCUCAGGUAGGAAUUGGUCUGUGUAUCUUCACCAAUCUGUUCCUCAUUUUUAUCUCUCUUUACAGUUAUGUUCAACUAAAGAUGGAAGAAGGGUCCUCCGUCAUAUGCACAUUUAUAUAAUUCUGAGGGAAUUCGAUAAAUCUCAACGAAAGGACGAACCAAAAGUGGAAGGAAAGUUCUUGACAUUAGAGGGUACCCCUGAAUGGAAUCUGCUGAUGAAUACGCUUCUGUUUGAUGAUGCCGAACUCAGAGCCCCAGAGGAUGAAGAGCUGAGUAGAUUACGUGAAGUGGAAUUAAAAGAAAUUAAACUAGAAGAAUUGGACAGAGAAUUACAAUUAAUUGAAUCUGAACUUGAAGUAAAGAAGAAAGGAGAACCCGGUGAUGAACAAUAUCCGAUAGAAGAUCCUGAAUUAAAGGGAGAUGAGGCUGCCAAAAUAGGGCCGGGAGUAUCUCAAGAUUCGGUGAGGGAAAAGAAACGAAAACACAGUUCGAUCGAGGGAACAACUGAGGACUCGGAGUAG